GUAAUUUUAAAUAUAAAUUGUGCUGAAAGGUCAAAAACGCCCUCGUUCGAGACCUUCCAUUCUGCAAUUCCCAAUUUCCCAUACGCAAGUUAGCGUUCUACCAACGGAAAAGCCCUAAUUCUUUUUCUUGAUUUAGGGCAAUUUAUACGAGUUCUUCUUUGAAGGACAUGCCACAGCAUUCAUCUAAAUUACACUCACCGAAUCAGCAGCCGGACGUCACCCCCUCUACCCCCAAAUCACAGGCCACCAAAAUGGUUCGAUCUUCCGAUGAUAACGAGAAGAAGAAUUUGGUCAAGAAGCUUAAAGAUAUCGAAUUUAGCGUUCCAAUUGUUUAUGGUAACAUAGCAUUCUGGCUCGGAAAGAAAGCAAGCGAGUAUCAAUCUCACAGAUGGACAGUUUACGUGAGAGGAGCAACUAACGAGGAUUUGAGUGUAGUAGUUAAACGUGUUGUGUUCCAAUUACAUUCCAGUUUCAAUAAUCCAAUGAGAGUAGUCGAAUCUCCACCAUUUGAGCUAUCAGAAUCUGGAUGGGGUGAAUUUGAAAUUGCUAUCACUCUUCAUUUUCACAAUGAUGUUUGUGAGAAACCCCUACACUUAUAUCAUCAUUUGAAGUUAUAUCCUGAAGAUGAAUCGGGUUCCAUGUCUGUUAAAAAACCAGUGGUGGUUGAGUCAUAUGAUGAAGUUGUCUUCAGUGAGCCAUCUGAGGGGUUAUUUGCACGUGUUCAGAAUCAUCCAGCUGUCAUUGUUCCUAGACUGCCACCUGGCAUAAUCUUACCCCCUGUAUCAGUUGAAGAUGCAGAUAAAAGGAAGAAAUUUGAUCCAAAAGAUAAUCCUCUUACACAGUGGUUUACAAAUUUUUCAGAAGCAGAUGAGCUUUUAAAACUUGCAGCAGCUCGACAACAGGUGCAAGCUCAAAUUGCUAGGGUGAGGCGACAGUUAAGCUUACUCGAUGGCCAACAUCAACAACACUCCAAACCACCCAAUGACCUAUAACACCCCCCCC